AUGUGCAACGACAAGCACUCUUCCAUCUUCGAUGUUAAGGCCGGUAUCGCUCUCAAUGAGCACUUCGUCAAGCUCGUCUCCUGGUAUGAUAACGAGUGGGGUUAUUCCAACCGUCUUGUUGACCUCGCUGUUCAUAUGAGCAAGGUUGACGCCACUGCAUAA